AGACACUACAAAGCGUCCAAUGAAGUAAAAUAUAAGCAGCGGCUUCCAAUAAAAGCAAUCAAAUAUCACCUCGAUAUUGAUAUCUUAGUACGCCUACAUAUAAAAGCUUCCGAAUAAUUGAAGCUAGUAUGUAGUAUGGGACCUGCAUGCACGAAAUGGAAUGUACAAUACAUACAUAGUGCGUUAGCAGGUUAGGUACGGAUUACUCGGAUAAGACCAGGGGGGGAACGGUUUACCCCACGGGUGUCCCCACUGUCCUAAUUGGGGCAACCCAUGCCGCUUAUGACAGUUUUAUACAGUUUUAGCGUUCUUCUCCGCACUCCUACGAACUAAAUCCUCCCGUUUCAACCCGUUCCCGGGUUCCCCGCUUCCGCAACCCUCCGCCUAGGUUAGAGGACAACUCCUCACAUUCCCUUUCAAGUUUCAAGAGCCUCGGUGGGGAUGGAUAGGCAAUCCAACUACACUCAUCUUUCAUAGCCGACCAAGUCGAUGAGUUUGCUUUUGCUUCUAUAGUCGACCUGUUGGCUUUGUGUAAGUGAUACCCUUUCCUGAUCGCCUUAUCGCCUCAACUAUUGUAUUAUCAAAUAUUGUAUCAAUCCUCUGGACAAUGGCAACAUCUCUCGUAUCUUCAACAUCGUAACUAUCGCACACCCGCCAUCGCUGCUGACGCGUGUGCUUCUGCAGCGGACGGUAUAUGAUGCUCCCAUUGCUUACGACUCAAUCAAUAUGUUAACUCGCCCCGUUUGUCAACCGCCGCCCAAAGCGAGGUCUCUUCAGACCAGAGCUGCGGCCUGUGGUGCUCUACGACCUACUGGAAACUCACUAUUAAGGGCCGGAACGAACCAGCAGAUCCGCAGCUUUCGCUUUGGCAUGUGGUCUUCCUACCUUGAUCCCGAGCUCCAGAAAGAGAUUCGACAUCGCCAACGUGUGCUUAAGCAUAAAUGUGUCGCAGCACUUCAUGAAAAGUUAUCAUGGGACCAGCGUUCUAUCGAUGGUUCCCCCAAAGUCAUUUUAAAGCAUAUGCUUCGUAGGUAUUGGAGUCCAACCGGGCCAAGAUGCGGUUCGCGGUUUGUCGACCAUGACGAAUUGAACGAUCGACGACAACAGAGUCGAGUAACUCCAGACACUGGAAAUGUACGCAUGAAAACACCAUGGGGUCCUAAUUCAUAUGCUUCCUGGAUGAGUAAUUACGGCGAUUAUAUGCGAUAUUCGUCUACACGUUCGUGGAAGUCUCGACUAGAUGAAGCGAUGGAUCAUUGGGGUGACAAAGCCUCAAAACCCGCAGCCCAGGCGGACUCUCAUGUGCACCCGCCAGAGUCGGCAGGCGCCGAACACAACCUAGCCAAGGAACAAGAACAUGAUUUUGGCGUAUCGUCCAGCGAAGAAUAUACUAUUGAUCCGAUUACGAUGCGUAAAAUCCCAAAGAGAUUCGACGAACAAGCCAUUGAUACGACGUCAUCCCCCACCAAUUCCUUCAAAUCAUAUAGGGCUCAGUUCUCUGCAUUUGCACCACCCAAAGAUGGAGAAAAUCUAGGUCCUACCUAUUCCGACGGCCCACCUUCUCCUAUAGAGCUCAAAGAGUAUGGUCAAAUCAAAAUUGACGAGAUACCAUCUCAUGGUGCUAGUGGUGGUCACGACGGAAUACAGGCGUUGGGUGACAACGUAGAGUCCCCCCGAUAUCCUGUGAUUCAAAGCGAAGAAUACCAAGCAUAUCAGCGCGACGAACUUGACGAACGGGCCCCAGAACCAACUAAGAACUAUGAAGAUCUCGAUAAGUACAAGACAUACGGGGCUAAAGAGGCGGAAAAUCCCAGUGCAGAAGCACCCCAGGUCUACGAAGACCUACACGAGUAUAAGCCCUACAUUCAUAAUGAAAAUACAGAGACCGAAAAGCAUACUGAACGUUAUGAUGACCUGGGUCAAUAUGGGCCAUAUAAAUAUCAAGAAGGUGCGGCAAGAGACAUCCCAUCCACUGAAUAUGAUGAUCUCCACAAGUAUAAGCACUAUAAAGAAGACAGUGUCAAGCCAGUGGAUGACUCGGCACCCAAGUACGACGACUUGAAUAAGUACGAUACAAAAACCUUCCAAGACCCUGCACCGGAGGAGCAGCCUUUCCAACAAUACGGAGACCUCGAGCAGUACAGAAUUUUCAGGUCUCAAGAACUCGACAAUGCGGUCACCCCAGAGCGAGACAUUGUUGCAGAAUCUCUCGAGGAAUUCGACGCAAAAGCGCCAGAACCAACCUUAGAUAAGAACCCAACAUCAAGUAUACUAGAUGGGCUUCAAAAGCUUGGCCUCAACGACGCAUCGCAGUUCUCGUCCGCACAAGAGGGUCAUCAAUCUCCAGCUACGGAAACUGAACCUCGGCCAAGUCAAACGGGAUUGACUGGUAAUUAUCUCCGUGAUUUCCCGGAAGACUUUUCGGGAUCAUGGAGUACCUCGGACGGAAAGACAGCGUAUAUUCAGGAGGCCGAGAAGCAAUAUUCAGAUGAGCUUUCCGAGUCUACAAACUCCAAAAAGUUGGAGACGAGCUUGGAAAGGCAGCAGACUGAACCGAAGCUGGAAGCGGGUCCCAACCAGCCAGAGGUAAGGUCUACGAGACGCAUGUUUGAUCAUUAUAGAGCGCAGGCCGAAGUUGACCCGUACUCUAAAGAACCACAGGGAUUGGAAACGUCGUAUACCAGGGAAUGUGACGGGGAACAAACACCAUUAACCUUCGCCAAAACGUACGGUGGCGACUCGAGGGAAGCAGUGCUAGAAUCCUUAUCGGCGGAAGAUGCUAGUCAAAGGAUUCUUGACCUUAAGCCGCUAUAUUUCAGAGAUCCCGAGGUCGACGGACGACCGCCAAUUUCAUCGUCCGAAUCUGAUACCAUGCCCGAACCUAACCGAACUACCGAGCCGACAGUGUAUAAGAUUCUAGCCUAUGACCCAACAAUGCAAAAGAUCAACAUCGCCGAAACCACCUCAGUUGUACCUGAUCAAGCAUCUCCGUUGUCACCAGCAGAAGUUCUUCUCCGCCUAUCAAACCCGACAAAAUUUUUUCCGCACUUCACACCUUUGCAAGCCGAGGGCUUCGAGAUCGUAUCUGGCAAUGGGGAUGUGCUAGUCUUUCGUCAAGUUCGACCCCUCAAAGUAACAGGUCAUGGGGGCGCGUCACCGGUUAACCCUAUAGACAUGAUGGGGAAGCCAGCAGCCUUGCCAAAUGCGGCCGCAUUUGUUUCGCCUACGGGAUUUGUGAAUUAUGAUGUACCACAAGCUGAAGAGGAGGCCCAAGCGCCUGCUUUCCGUUCUAAUAUCGACGUUAGAAGAGAAGAGCCUGUAUUUAGCGGGCCCAAAUCAACAGCACGCGAGGAAGCACGGACUCAUCCGAAGGAUGGCGUUGGCAAACGAGUGCUGAUAGGUGGUGCUUGGGUAGCCGGAAUCUCGUACGCUCUUGGCGUCGUUAGCGAAUAUUUCAUAACCGGCGGUACUGACGGUAGGGGGCCAACUAGCUUCUGAUUCAUCGUACGUUUGUGGGAGAUUAUUAUCAUGUCUUACGAGAAAGUCAAGGCGCGGGAUGAACAACACGACAUAUUGGAGUAUGGGGAGUUUGUAUAGCAUUUUGGUGGUGGGCGUGGGUGCUUGGUUUUGGAACUGGGUUUGGGUCUCUGAGGAUGCUUCAAGGUAUCAAUAAGUAUUCCAAUCAUUGUUAAACUCCUGCUUGGUUGUAUAGUAGUUUUGUUCGGCGCGUGACUACCCCUUCUCCGUUAUGUAUACUUUAACCAGCGCUCCCUAAGUCGGGUCUGGCGUUACCUCUUCAGUCUACAAGUAUUUCAUAUAUCAAAUCGACACGCACAAAUCAUGAUACUCCAGGUGACUGGAUGGUAUGUAUUAAGAGUUUCUAGACCGAGGUUCCCGAAGCUUCUGAGCUGAAAAUAGACAAAUAUAGACAAGCCUAU